AUGAUGUUUCUUAAAUUUCAAUAUAUUGCGGUACUUACGAUUUUACAAUGCAUAGCAAGAGCUGCAGUCAUCACCGACUACCUCAUAGGCAAACAGUUGCUUAAUAAAAGAGAGUCUUAUACUGCCCAGGACUACGCAGUUUCCACCCUUCCAAGUUUGGAUGGUAUUCCAACAGAACAAAUUCCUCAAAUGUUUGCUGGCUAUGUUGAUAUUGACCAAAGUAUUGAUGAAAAGUACUUUUUUUUCAGAUUCAAUAAAACUCAAGCAUCUAAUAAUAAUAGAUUGAUUUUUUGGUACAAUGGUGGUCCAGGAUGUUCUUCGAUGGAUGGUGCCCUUUUGGAAAGUGGACCAUUAUUUGUUAAUCAGGAAGGAAAGCUUGAAUACAAAAAAGGUACUUGGUUAGAAACCGGUGAUCUUGUCUACGUUGACCAACCAGCUGGUACUGGUUUCAGUGAGACUGAACAACCUGACUCUGAAUUAAACAAAAUUGCAGACGACAUGCUUACUUUCUUUGAAAAAUAUUUUGCCCUUUUUCCUGAAGAUUUGGGCAAAGAAAUUUAUUUGGGUGGCGAAAGUUAUGCUGGCCAAUACAUUCCUUAUUUUGGGGCCAGAAUUUUGACUCAAGCAGCAGACAAGUAUAACUUAAAAGGUUUAAUCAUGAUUAAUGGUUACAUUUACCCUGAUGUUCAGAACUUAUCUAUCUUUGAUUAUGCCCUUGAUAAUAAACUCAUCACCGACGCUCAAUACAACUCCAGAAAAGUGCAACAAAUGAUUGCUGCCUGUAACACAACCAUUGCCCAAACCCAGGAAGAAUAUGCUUCAAUUUUCAAAACUAUGGAACAAACUGGUGAAUAUGAGAGCACCGAUGGGUCUGACUCUAAUAAGGUUGAGGAUGAUGAUUGUUCAAGUAUUUUAGAAGCUCUUUUAGAUAUGACAUUGGAUAAAUCAGCGCCAACCGAUCAACAAUGCCUCAAUCAAUAUGAUUUUAGCUUGAGAGAUUCCUAUCCAGCGUGUGGGAUGAACUGGCCAGUUGAAGAACCUGCCUUGAACACUUUCCUUAAUGAGCAGAGCGUUUACGCUGAUUUGCACCUUGAUGGGUCUCAAAAAUGGACCGAAUGUGCUGAUGCCCCAUACAAUGCUCUAGUGAACCACAACUCUUAUCCUGCCUUCUUCAAAUUACCAUACAUUUUGAGUAAGGUCAAGAUCAUGUUAAUGGUUGGUGAAAAUGAUCUUGUGUGUAAUAUUUAUGGUAUGCAAGACAUGGUCAACAAAUUAACUUGGGGUUCCAAGUCUACUCCUGGAUACAGUAAUGGGGUUAAUUGGGGCGAUCUCACCAUCGCUGAUAAUAGCACUGUCUUUGGUCAAGCCAAGUAUGAAGAUGGCUUAUGGUUAGCCAAAAUUGCAGGUGCUUCUCACAUGGUUCCGUAUGACCAUGCUGUCGCCUCCAGAGCUGCUAUUGACUUGUUUUUUGAUGAUUACUCUCUUGAUGGUACAACAUAUGUUGCUAAAUCAUAUGGCGAUAAUUAA